AUGGCAUCCUCCCAUGAACCCAACUCCUGCUCAAAGAACCCUACCAUGCAACCAAGUUUGUCACCACUGUCUGAGUCUGGAUUUUCAGGCACUUCUCCAGUCCGGCCGGCGGUCCGCAGUCCUUCCAUACAGUUCGUGUCCAACGUUGUUGUUGGCGACGGCGACGCGGUGGCCGCGUCCCUGAGCGCCUGCCCGUCGACGAGUUCGUCUCAUGGGAGUUCAUCGGACAUUGAGAUCCAGGUGCUCUUCCAGGGGGACGACGAUGACAACUCCACGACGACGACGACUUCGCCGGCUGUGUGCUCGCGCAGCACGUCUUUCCAUGGAUGCAGCGACGGUGAGCUGGAUAUGGAAGCCGGGAGGUCAAGGCUGCUGCGAGCGCAGUCGCUGAGGUCGAUGGAGGAGUUCAUCCAACGCGACAGCACGGGGGAGCUGAGGUGGAGUGGUUUGGAGGGAGGAGCUCUUCAGUUCACGUCGAUGUCGUGGAGUAACUCUGGUGAGAAUGAAUCUAGAAAUAACAGUUCAACCAUAUAUCCUCUUCCGGUCAAUCUAAAUAUCAACUCCAGUAGAUCGAUCGGUCGAUCUCCUAGUCAUGGCAUCAGAAUAGCAAUGGACAGCUGCGAGAGAAACUCAAUUAGCAGAAUCACAGAAAAGGAUAUUAAGCAGGCAAUUAUGUUCAGUGCCUCUUUGAACAAGAUCACAUUAAACCAAGAUGAGGCCACUGAAUACACAAACUUGAUCCUAGAAGAGCUCCAGACAGGCCAAGGAGUCAUCCAGAUGAAUGUCAUGAGGAAGGGCCUGUCAAGGGAUCUCCAACCAACUUGCUGGGCAAUACCAAUGCCAAUGAAAUACAGCCAACAGAUACUAACUGCAACCAUAGUCUUCUUCCAAGCUCAGUGGAGGCGUAUAUUUGUGGUUUUCUUGUGGCUCAUGGCAUGUGCUGCACUCUUCACAUGGAAGUUCAUGCAGUAUAGACAGCGGUUGGCUUUCGAGGUAAUGGGGUACUGCCUGUCGACAGCCAAGGGGGCUGCAGAGACGCUCAAGCUCAACAUGGCCAUUGUGCUCCUACCUGUUUGCCGCAACACAGUCACUUGGCUCAGGAGAAGCCGUGUUAUCAACUCGGUCAUCCCAUUUAAUGACAACAUUAACUUCCACAAGCUUGUUGCGGCGGGAAUUGUGGUCGGUAUAAUCCUUCAUGGAGGCAUCCACCUGGCAUGUGACUUCCCAAGGAUUGCAAGGGCAGACAAGACCUUCUUUGGACGUACAAUUGCUGCUGACUUUGGGUACCACCAGCCAUCCUACCUGGAGAUAGUGGCAUCAACCGAGGGGACAACUGGUAUAGCAAUGGUGGUCCUAAUGUUGAUCGCAUUCUUGCUUGCUAGUAGUCCUUGGAGAAGGAAUCCAGAAACGCUGCCGCCUCUAGUCAGACAGUUUGCUGGGUUCAAUUCCUUCUGGUACUCACACCAUGUGUUCAUCGCUGUCUAUGUUCUCCUCAUUGUGCAUUCCAUGUUCCUCUUCCUAGCAAAGGAUGUCGCAGAGAAGACGACAUGGAUGUAUGUCGCAAUUCCUGUGGUGAUCUACGUUGGAGAACGAAUUUUCAGGAUGGUCAGAUCUAUGGUGUUUGAUGUCAAGAUCCUCAACGCAACAACUUAUCCAGGGAAGGUACUUGCACUCAAGGUGACAAAGCCACCAGGUUUUCGAUAUCGAAGUGGAAUGUAUGUGUUUGUCCAAUGUCCAGAAGUAUCAAAGUUUGAAUGGCACCCAUUUUCCCUUACAUCUGCUCCAGAUGAUGAACACUUGAGCAUCCACAUAAGAUCUCUUGGUGAUUGGAGCUACCAAAUGUAUAAUGUCUUCCAACAGGCGCCGCUUUCCAGCAACUCCAGGCUGCCCAAAAUAUUAUUUGAUGGUCCCUAUGGUGCAGCAUCACAGGAUCACUCCAAAUAUGAAAUUAUCUUGUUAAUUGGACUUGGAAUAGGAGCAACGCCUUUCAUAAGUGGACAUGGCAGCCUAAAUUAUCACUCCGACCGACUGAAGAAGGCCUACUUUUAUUGGGUGACAAGAGAGCAGGGAUCCUUUGAGUGGUUCAGGGAUAUCAUGAAAGAGGUUUCAGUUCUAGAUAGCAAGCAGGGUGUGAUAGAAAUGUAUAACUAUCUGACAAGUGUCUACCAAGAAGGCGAUAAGCGGUCGAUGCUAAUAAGUGCGAUUCAAGCACUUCAUUUUGCACGCCAUGGCAUUGAUAUCAUCUCUAAAACUCCGGUUCGUACACACUUUUCAAGGCCAAACUGGCCUAGAGUGCUCCAUGGUCUUGCAAGAAGGCAUAUCGGGGAGAGGAUAGUCCGUUACAUGUCAAUAUUCUCAUUCAUCUUCAUGUCCCAAGGAGCUGCAGAAAUUUGCUCCUACCCUCUCAGCAAUUUUCUUAUUCUGUAUUAG